UACAAAAGUAAGAUGGAGGAACUCGCAGUCGAAGUAUGCGGCGAGAAUGGGGCCUAUUACAAGGCCUUUGUGACAGAUGUGUUUGAUGAGGAUGUGUCAGUAGCCUUUGAAAAUGAUUGGCAGCCAGAGUCAAAAUUUCCAUUUUCCCAAGUGCGUCUUCCCCCAGAGGGUGUUCCAGGGAAAUCUGACUUCACAGAAAACCAGGAGAUUGAAGUAUAUUCUCGGGCCAAUGAGCAAGAAGCAUGUGGUUGGUGGAAGGCCAUCAUCAAGAUGAUAAAGGGUGAUUUCCAUGUAGUUGAGUACUUAGGUUGGGAAAAUACCUAUACAGAAAUUGUUGCAAGUGAAAGGUUGCGGCCCAAGAACCCAAAUGCUCCCAUAGAUAAAGCCACAUUCUACAAGUUUGAGAUUGAAGUACCUGAGGAUCUGCGUGAAUAUGCAAAAAUGGACAAUGCUCAUAAGGAGUUUCAGAAAGCCAUGGGUGCAGCAAUCUGUCGGUAUGUACCGGAUAGAGGGGUUCUCAAUGUAAUCUCAAGGAGUGAGCAUUCAAAAAAGCGUUCAACCAUGCUUCAAGAGAUGCAUUUUAGGAAUCUAAGUCAGAAGGUAUUGCUGCUAAAACGAACUGAGGAAGCAGCCCGACAGUUAGAAUCAACCAAGCUGCAGAAUGUUGGAGGCAAAUUUAGGCCUUCAAACUUUAUAUAUCAGCGUGUCUCAAACUAUGAGGCAGGGGUGAGAGCAAAUGCAAGAUACUCGGACGAGUUUAGUGUACGUGAAGAUCUCAUGGGACUUGCAAUUGGUGCUCAUGGUGCAAACAUUCAGCAAGCACGGAAGGUAGAGGGUAUCACGAACAUUGAACUUGAAGAGAAUUCAUGCACUUUUAAAAUUUAUGGGGAGACUCCUGAAUCUGUUAAAAAGGCCCGUAGCAUGUUAGAAUACAGUGAAGAAUCCAUUCAAGUUCCUCGGAUUUUGGUGGGGAAAGUAAUUGGAAAAAAUGGGCGUAUUAUUCAAGAAAUAGUGGACAAGAGUGGAGUGAUAACAACAGGCUCGAGUGGGAAUGUACAUACUAUUAAAGUGCGGGUUAAAAUUGAAGGGGAUAAUGAACCACAGCCAACAAUCCCUCGUGAAGAGGGUCAAGUUCCUUUUGUGUUUGUAGGUACUGUAGAAAGCAUAGCUAAUGCAAAAGUUCUUUUGGAAUAUCAUCUAGCACAUUUAAAGGAAGUAGAAGCAUUAAGACAAGAAAAGUUAGAAAUCGAUCAGCAGAUACGCAGUAUACACGGUUCUACAAUGGGCUCAAUGCAGAAUUUUCCAAUUCAGAGGCGCAAUGACAGGGGUUAUAAUUCAGACAUGGACGGUGGCAGCAGCCGGGGCCGAGGUGGGCCAAUGCGAGGUCGUGGGCGGGGGCGUGGUGGCCCAGGGCGUCAUGGUGAUGCCAGAUUCAAUGCCGGUAAUACCAUCACAGACUAUAUUAACAGCGUUGAGGGUUCACGCCAUCAGACACCAGACACUGCAGAUGAACGUGUGAGAGAUUUGCCACCACGGCAACACCAGUACCAAACAGGUCCGAGGCCAAACACACAUCCAUCGCGCCAGCCACUUCGUCGUGAUCACCGCCGAGAUGAACGCAGGCGUAUGACAGAUGAAGAGGAUACUGUGAUGGAUAGUCAAGAUGUUUCAAGUGUUGAUAGGGAGUCAGUGUCGAGUGUGGAGGGUUCCCGCACCCGUCGGCGCCGGCGUAGACGUAGGACAAGGCCCCAUAGCCAGACACCCUCAGGCGAGCAUGUGGACUGCAGGCCUAGUGACCACCUUGCAGGAAGUAGUAUUGACAUUCAGGGUGGUGGUGCAGCCCCAGGCCCCAGUGAUCAGUCUGCAUUUACAAGCAAAGAAGGAACACCAGCUACAGAUGGACCACCUAAAUCACAGAGGGAACCAAAAUCCCGCAGUCAGAGACCACCAGCAUCUAAGCGAUCCGAAGGCAAAGCCAAGGAAACAAUGGUUAAUGGCACAUCAGCUUAGAUAUGUGUAAUUUGGUCUCAGGCGCACAAUGUUUGAAAAACUGCACAGUAGUACUGGACAUUUCUCAGCUACGAUUAAAACAGGAAUACAUGGAAAAUGUAUGCAUGGUUUACAUUGACAACAAAGUGCCAAGAUAAAAAUUAUUGGGACCUUCAGAUCACAUUCACAGAAGGCUAAUGCUUUUAACCCCACCUGGGAUUUAUAUGGGGUUUAUAAAUUUCUGAAAGUUACAUUCUGUGAAUUGCCCAAUGGUGUAUACUAGUAUCCUACUCUUGAGUCAUUGGUUCUCCUUGAUCUGUUCUCCUUGAAAUUUUGCAUUUUUAUGAGACAGUGUGCAAGAUUUUGAGUCAAAAUUGUGGAAUUCAAGAUGUUAUUUUCAUGUUGGGGAAAAUUCUUACCAAUCUAGGCUGACACAAAACUGAAAAAAAUCCUUUGACAGGUUUUCAGUUACUUAAGUUGCCCCAUCACAUUGUGAUGUGCAAGGCACAGGAAUAAAGUGUGAUGGAUGCUCACUCAUCUUGCACUUUAAAUACAGUGCAGCAGUGCCUCGACACACAAGACAUUUCCCUCUUGUUCAGGGCUAGCUCACGGAUGCCUUUUUUAUACUUGCUACCGAAAAUUUAUCCCUCCCUCAUUUCCUGCUUCCAUUUUGUAGAGCAGAAUGAAACUGUUUCUUUGGUUGUAACAUAGUAAAGGGCAAGAUUGAUUCUUCCUAAUGACUUUUUGUGUGAAUACUGUAGCUCAUUUUGUAGGAGGCAGCUGUGUGUGAAGUUUGCAUAACAGCAGUAUUCAGAUGUUCCUUCUAGUAUUUAUUGUCUCAAGUUUGGUUACUUGCGUAGUGGAGUUACUUAACAUUUUUACCUGUAGUUGCAGCAGAGAUUGAAAUUUGUUGAAUGCUAACAAAUCGGUGGUGAGUUGAGAUCUUAACUUGUAAGGUGAAUACAGAAGAGAAAUUCAAUUUGAAAGUAAAUUCUGAACAACUUAUAGAAUUUCUUUCCAUGUGAAUGUAACUGGGAAAUUGGCAUAAUUUAUUUCUUAAAUUUUUGCUUGCAUAUUAGUGAAUACCAUAAUAGUCGGAGCAAAUAUUUAUGUUGCUACCAAUUAUAUUUAAAUGCAUUUUGCAAAAUAUCUGAAGUUUAAGUAGUAAGGUGUAUGAUUCUUUUGGAACUUUGUGUACCAACACACUUUUUUGUUAUUUGUAAGCACUGUUAUAAAUAACACAUCUGAUGCAUGUAUACAUGAAGUACUACUGGUAUUCUAGUAUUCUUGAUGCAGCAUACAUUAGUACCAUGUAUGUAAUUACUUUGAUACCUGGCUUUUACCAUUGCAUUUUCAUAGCUUAUUUGAGAAUCUUGCAGUGAAAAUGCUCUGAAAUUGAGACAAAAUUUCCUACAUGGUCUUAACAUUGAUGCGUGUUGUGUAAGUGAGCAAUAUUUUCUUCUUACACAUUGGCCAGUGAAAGAACAAAGGUAAAUUUCAAUAGCUCAGUCAUAAUGGUUGUGCUUGUAAGUUAAUUCUGUGGUUUGAUGCUCAGAUGAAUGAACUUGAGUAGAUAAAAGUGGGUUUGGACUGUGUGAGUGAAACUGUAAUACUCUUGUACUUAGAAUAUGGAAAAUACUGCCAUCAUGUUUGUGGUUUCCUGACCAUGGUAGUCAUGGCACAGAGUGAAUGUUUUGUUUUUAUAUAAAACAUAACACUCAUUCAUCAUAUUCAGUACAUUAGUGCAUAAUCUUGGUUUUCCGAAGAUUAAGACUCAAUCCAGUGCUAUUCAGAAAGAAGGAAUUAUUAAACAGAACUUCUACAGAGUGAAAUGCAACUUCCAUAUGUUGCAGUUUCUUCCUGAAUAGAAGUAUAACUAUAGUUAUCAGUUGGUCAAUUGUGUAGUGUGUGCUGUAUCCAGAUUUAUGUUUGGGGUGUGUUUAUGUACACAAAAUCUACACAUGGAAUGGCAAGUUUUGGCAAACAGAAACUUUGGGUUUAAAAAUAAUGAAGUGCCCUUUUUAAAUAAAUAAAAUUUAAAAAAAUAUAUCUUCCAUAGAUUAUACACUUCUUUCUGAUCAGUGUCCCAUUUCUUUAUCCUAGAUAAUAAACUUAUGUUCAGGUCAGUAUCAUUUUAAUUUUUUUGAUGGUUCAUGUGCACAGUACUUGCAACUCUAACUUGAUAUGUCUGUGUAACCAUAGAGUAAGUACCAGAUGAUGACCGAAAGAUGCUUUCUGUCACAUGUUGAAUACCAACUGUUGUAAAAUUCGAGAAAUGUAUCUUCAUAUAUAAUUGUACUAAGUAUGACUGGAGAGAAUGAACUUGCGGGAAUGGCAAAAUGUUGUACAGCGACAAUGGAUUGUUCAACAGUGUUCAAAGAAACACCACACCUGUGUCUUACUCGAGUUGUACAUCUUUUUGUGAAUCUCCAACCAUGUCCUGACAGAACAAAACAGACUGUUUGUCUUAAAACUGUGAGUGAUUUUGAUUUUAAAAAUAGAUCAGCCAGCAUCCGUAACAUUGCAUUUGUUUAAAAAGCAAUAUCGUAGUUUCUUCCCCAGUUUGCUUGUUGAGAUAGGUUUGUAUUGAUCUUGCAAUGUUUGCAUAAUUUAAGAAUAAAUCAUUUCUGUACAUAA